ACUUGCUAUAUCACUUUUGGUCCUGAGAAAAAAUAUCCUAAUUUUCAUCUUCCACCUACCCUUAUGAACCCUCACCGUCUGUUUGAAGCUGUAAAGUGAUUUUGAUGGACUCUGCUUUUACACUCAACACAAGACUAGAUCUUGCAACUGGUUUGGAGUUUAGCUUCUGAAAUCCUCUUGUUGGAUGUAUUGUUCAGGUUUGUAAGUGCUGAUCUGUCUCAGAAAAAACCAAUGGAUGAUUGUUCCAAAGAUGUAAUCAAUUGUUUACCAGACAAUCUUCUUUGUCAAAUCUUGUCCAACUUGUCUACGAAAGAAGCUGCUUUGACAUCACUUCUCUCAAAAAGAUGGCGGUAUCUGUUUGCUCUUGUACCAAAUCUUGAUUUUGAUGUCCUUCCCUCUCUGCAUCCCGAGAUUGCGAUGCAGGACCAGGACCAGACGAGUUUUAUAGAUUUUGUGGAUAGAGUAUUGAAAUUGCGAGGAAAUGAUCAUAUUAACAAGUUCUCUCUAAAAUGUGGACAUGGUAUUGAGGAUGAAGACGUCUUCCCUUGGAUAUUAAAUGCGUUGAGACAUGGUGUAUCAGAUCUUUCUCUACAUGUCUCUCCUUCAUUGGUUUAUUGGUUGCCUUCAAAGGUUUUUGCGAGUAAGACACUAGUUAGGCUGAAAAUAGGACCUAAAGAUGGUCCCAGAGUUAAACUGAGAAAUGUCUGUCUUCCAAAGCUUAAGACUCUAAAUCUUGAUUCAGUUGUGUUUGAAGAAGGUAAGAUUGGGCUUGCAAAGCUUCUUUCUGGUUGUCCCGUUCUUGAGGAAUUAGCUUUGCUUAAUCUUGCGUGGGAUCGUUGGGAUUCUUGCUCUGUGUCUUCCAAACUUCUCAAGAGACUAACGCUAUGUUGUGCACACUAUAAAAAAAAUCCGAAGAGUGUAUCAUUUGAUACUCCAAAUGUUGUCUACUUUGAAUAUUCUGAUAAUAUUGCGCACAAGUAUCCGAAAGUGAAUUUUGAUUCGCUGGUUGAAGCUAGUAUCGAUAUUCGGAUGACGAAUGAUCAGAAAGCAAAUGCGAGAUAUGUAUCAGAUGUUGAUGAGGAAACAGUGAUGGUUGGCAAUGCAACAGAUCUUCUUAUGGGAAUAUGCAAUGUAAAGACCCUUUACUUAUCUUAUGACACUCUUGAGACACUUCAUUUUUGCUGUCAAGUGAUACCGGUAUUCAACAACUUGACUCAUCUAACUAUUGAGAGUCACCCGGAACUAGGAUGGGAAUCAUUGCCAAAUCUGCUCAAGAGUUGUCCAAAUCUUGAAACCCUUGUCUUCCAAGGACUCCUUCACAAAGCAACAUAUAGAUGUGGGGAUGUGUGCUUGUGCCAAGGUUUGGAGAAUAGUCCAUCUUGCUUAUCAUCAAGUCCGGUGAAAUUUCUAAAGAUAUUGAAAUUUGGAGAAACCAAUGUUGAUGACGAUAUGGAGAUAGAGAUGGAGCAGAUCAAGAAUUUCUUGGAGAAAAUGCCGAAUCUUGAACAACUCAUGAUAUACUACAAUACAUCAAUCGAAAAUGAUCUAGUUGAAGUAUCAAGCCAACUUCAGAUGGUUCCUGCAGUAGCUUCACUCAAAUGCAAGAUUCAAGUAAUCUCUGAUAACCUUAGCUCUUGUCAUCCACUUUGCCCAUUUCCUUGUCAAUGAAAUAUGGAUUGCACCUCUAGAAGAACCUUACUGGUUUCGUGGAAUCAAUAGUGCGGUCAUGUCUCGUUUGCCACUUGGAAGCUAUAUAUGGAUGUGUCUCCUGGCUUCAAGUAUCUGUAGUUACUAAAAAUGUAUAAAAACUCAAAUCAAGACUCUCUUGUUUCUGUUGUUAGUAGUAGUACUGUACUGUUGCUUAAAAAAAACUCUCAUCCUUAUGUGUUAAUGCUUUUGUUGUGAGAAAGUUGAGUUCAUUUUUGGUUUUUCUAUUUUUUUUGUGUUAAAGGAUGAGUAGAGAAGAAACUAAACAUUGUUAUCUUAAUUGAGUGGAGAAGACACAUAACAGACUUCCUGUU